CGGGAAAGAAUUUGAGGUGGGAAGAUUCUCCAACUGGAAUUGGAAGAAAAAACAGGUAUUGGUACUGAGAGACUGAGAAAAGCUCCUGCACCAGUUGCCAAGAAAACAAGGAACUUCAUGAGCUGUAACACUGCAGCCACGGAAGAAUUCAACCUAAUCCUGACUUAGAAGCAUGAUAAGGUAACCAAGAAGUCCCAGACAUCUGAGGAAAACCAAGUGUGAAAGCCUGAUGCCACAUGUAGAAUCAAGAGAUUUCCCCACAAAGCAGCUGUGUCGAAGCAAGCAGCAGGGAUUUCCACACAGACUUGUUCUUCCCACAAAACAAAGAGCACUGUGGUUACAGCUGUGGGAGGCCAUUCCUGUGUCUGGGAAUCUGAAGUCAGGUCCUCGAAUUUAUACAACCAGCACCUUAAGCUAGUGGACCAUCUCCUCUAACAAACAACCCCUCAGCAGCCAUGAGGAGACAUCAUCAUCACCUGCGGCCAGGACAGGUGACACGAUUCCUCACUAAGUCAUAUGCGGAGGUGGCCACAAACAACCAUCCAGAGCUUUCAGCUUUUCCAGGCUGCUGGUUCUUCCCUAGCCCUCUAGGGGCCGCUGUGCUUCCGGAAAGCAUGCAGGAGGUUUAGUUGCCGAGAGACCGUUGCCUGGCGACCGCUUGUACAACAGCUCCCAGCGUGCUGAACUGUGGCAAACAUGGCGUCCUCCAGCAGCUCCUCCAGCUCUUCCACCGAGGAGACCCCGGGCUCUGUGACAACAGUGUCGCCGUUGCAACUGCCCCCAACGCCGCCACCGACCUCCACGAUUCUCAAGUCGCCCACGGACUCCAAGUCUGGCUCCUCCAGCCCGCCGACCUGGACCUGCUCCGAGGAGCUGCGCUCAGCCGCCUUCUAUGGGCCCCUGGACGCUAAAAACCCGCUCCUGAUCUCUUGCGAGAAGGAAAUCCGGGAGCUGCUGGGUUUUAUGAAGAAGAAGAAGGCUCUAGCCACCACGGAGGAAGAGAAGAACGAAUUCCAUCGGAGGUGUGCCAUCACUCUGUUUAAUAUCUGGACCAAAUACGCCCCCAGGCUGCCGUCCAACUAUUAUUACGAGAAGCUUCUGCAGGUCGGCGACAGCCUCCGUCAAAUGAAAGAAUAUAAACUGGCUCUUCUGCAGUGCUAUGGCAGGUAUCUCCAGCAGUUCACCGCUGGCUAUGAUGACCAGAAAGAAGAUGUGAAUCAGUUCAAAAGCGUCUUUUUCCCCAAAGGCUUUGGAGACGAGCUGGCUGGACUUACAUUUCAUGCUCUGAGUGCCCAAAAUAUUUGUAACUACGAGCUGAUGUGUGAAAGCGAUGCCAACCUGAAGAAUAAGGGUUCCAUGAGGCAGUGUAUGCACAUCCUGUCCACCUUCAGGAUGGUCAUGCAGGUGGCUCUCCCACAGGAGCACCUUUGCUGGAUUAUCUUCAAUGGUACCAUUUACAUCUACACCAUUUGCCGAAAGCUGAUGCUCAUGGGGCUGGCUUCCAAGGCCUUAGAAUUCCUGCUGUGGGCCAGCAUGUGCAUGGAGUCCUCUGUCCCACUCCUGUCCGUCAGGCAUCUGACGUGGAGAGCCACGCUCUAUACUGCUGUCUGCCAGUGCCACUAUGACUGCCAGGCUGCCAUCCACGGGGAGGCAUUUGCUCGGCGUGGGUUAGCUAAAAUUGAUGAGUUAAGGCAACUGGAAUUAAUGAGUUCCUCUCAGGCUCAGGAUGAGUCCCGAAAAUAUUACAGAGAAGCCACGAUAAAGAUGGCCGUGAUGAUCUUCAAGAGAGGAGUAUUUGAGUCUAGAAGAAAAAACAAAACCGUGUUUAGACCGAAGAUAAGAAUUAACCUAAAGGAAGCUCAAAGCAUGGUGUGGCCACGGACCACCACAGAACGGCUGCUGGAUGAGCUAUUUGAUAGCACCUCGUCCCGGUUUCUGGCUGUCAUGGAAGCGCUCUCCGACUCCAACAGGCGAAUCCUACAGACUGGCCCGCUGGUCACAGAAGAAACAGAGCUUCGGGAUGUUGUCUCAGAACUGUUUAUGGCCGGAAGAGAGCUUUUGAUAUUUUCAAAUCUUGAUCCAAGUGGAAAACUUGAUUUCCCCAAAACAUGCCUCCUGGAGCAUAUAAUAGAAAGGAAAAAUAGCAUUUCCGUGGAUGCUGCUGUGAAAUUUGCAAAAUUGGCUUUUAAUUAUGAAGAAUGGGGGUUAUUUGACUCAGUAGCUGCACAUCUUCUUCGCUUCCUCCAGAAGCAGGAUAGCCCUGAGUUAAAGAAAGCAGAGAAGGAAUUAAUGCUUCUGCUUGCAGUAGAGCCACUGAUCAAUUUGAAGAAAAGCAAAGGUGUGGUCUUUCCUUUGACUAAUGAUAAGGAAGGACAGUUCAUUCAAGUUUAUCUAAAACACAUAGCUUGUCAUGAGUCUUGUGUGAGGAGUUGUGGAUACUCAGAAGAUAUUUUUACUUUGACAUCAGUUCUUCAUUACUGUGUUUGUGUCCCUCAAAAGGGUGUUCAGCCGGAAAAGGACAUCGUUGUGGAUAUAAUAACAUUCUUAUGGCAGAAAUGCAAGCUAGGAAUUCAAAGGCUCAGCAUACCGAAAAACGACUUUACAAAGUAUUCUCACAGGAUCAGCACAAACAAAUGGGUUUAUCUCCUGUGGCAUAUAAGUGAAGUGAUUCACUGCUAUAACUUGAAAAAUUUGGACAUUGUAAUGGUGGCAGAGAUCACAUUACGAUUAUGUGACAUAUUAGAAUCUUUGGGAACCCUGCAAAGAAAAUCCAAAAAAGCUUCAGAUAUGUAUGCAAAGAAAGGGCCAGAGGAGUUCCCGGGGACUCCAAAAGGGAUCCCAGAAGUCCUCCCGAUGUUAAAGCGAACACCCAUGGAGCAGUUCUUUUAUGCAUAUGAACUCCUCAAUAAAUCCAUCACUGCCAUGAACUGGACUCGUAUGCUGAACUCUCUGUCGGAUGGAUUAUCUGUAAUCGACCACUGUUAUGCCAAGAACUCUCAGGACCUAGAUGGAGACACUUACAAGCCUAUCUCAGCAAAUAGCUUCAUGAUGGACCUGCAUCUUGAAUUAAUUCACACCCAGAACCGCAUAGCUGUUAUACUUCUUGAUCAACUGGAAGGUAGUGGCUGCCCAGAAGUAAUUGCACAGAAUACACUUGAAGCCAAAUUCAAGGUUUUUCAGACUCCAACUGUUAGCACAAAUACCUCCACCAAAGGUUCGGAAAAAUUAAAGGAAACUAGGAGCAUCCAGGGUUUCUCAGAGUUAAGUGUAAUGAAUAAAAUCAAGAAGAACAAGCUGUCCAAAGCCAGCUUCCUGAUGCAGAAGGCUCUUUUACUGUCUGAGAAAAAACCAAAAUGCACCACUGCAUGGAACUUGUUGAUGGAAGCGUAUGCCUUAAUUGAGAAGAUAGAAGCAGAACAAAAUGCCCUCUAUUCCUAUCAGAAGUACUUGGUGAGCCCGAAAACAAAGAAGAGCCGAGUCCCUCCCCCGCCCAUCCUGCUGGCUCGGACUUACUGCUCUGUAACUCUGAAGCCCGCUCCGUUCACUUCAAAUGUUAAGGUGUCCUGGUACUGCAUACUGGGCUGCAAAGCAGAAGGGAGCUAUGGAAAAGUCAGACUAAACAACGAUCACCUCCCAAACUCAGGAGAAGCGAUACCAGCCGACGGCAAAAGCCUCUUUGAAAUUAAAGGUUUGGAAACUAAUGAAAAAUAUAUAUUUGCGGUUGCUGCUUAUUCCUCCAAUGGUAAACUCGUUGGUGACGCAGUUGGGGAGACAACAAAACCAAUUCUCAUUUACCCGCCUCUCUCUGCUGUUACAGUUCGGAUGUACCUGACACAGGUCGCCUAUCAGAUUGGUAACUAUGAGUUGGCUAAGAAAGUGUUCUCACAAGUCUGGGAUUAUUUUGUUGCUCCUCCACCUCAGGAUGAUCAGUCGGUUGUCUGUCUAAGCAACAUCAUGACAAUAACACAGAGAAGAUUUCACGCCAACAUUUUGGCAGACACUUCUUCGAUCCUCUUAUACCUUUUCCUUAGAAAUAUCUUUGUGAUGAGUGACAUUAAAAUUAAAGAAGAAAAUCUCUUCUGUGAUAAUAUUAAAGGCAAUGAGAUUUUCCCUGCCCAACAACUCGCUAGACUGAUGGAAUGUGAGAAUGUGCUGGUGGCGCUAGAUCUCAGCAACUUCCUCAAUGAUGCCAAUUAUGCCCUUCAAGCAGUGACCCAGUGCUACGGGCUCCUUGCGCCCAUCAUUUAUCACAAUAUUGUUUUGGUACCUGUCAUCCAGAUCUUGAUAAAAUGUAUUGUGGUUUUGCAAGGCAUGCCAAAUUUGGUUCACUCAAAGAAACACAUUUCAAGCUUUGACAGCAUACAGCACAUGAUAGCUUGCUCUAUCUUCUACAUGACAAAGAUCCUACGUUCCUGGAAGGAAUAUGACCUAGCAAUAUCUAUUAUAAAUUAUGGGAAAAAGACGUUGGACAUCACAUCAAAGUGCAAAUCUUUAUUUGGUAGUGACCAAGAUGAUGUCGGAGAUGAGGGUGUUUUUACUAAGAAAAUGUCAAAAACCAAGAAGCCACAGCAGGUGCUGUUGCCUGAAAAGAUAAACGAACAGCUGGGCAUGUUGGAGACACAUCUACUCAAACUGACAAAGCAAUUCCUCCCAAGUGAACUCUCAGGAGCAGAGGACCCGAUCUUUCUCUACCCGGUGGUUUUAAACUGGUCGGUGAAAGGCGCCAUGAAGGAAAUCAUGAAAUUUAAGCAAAGACCGAGAUUCCUGGAAUUCUUUACACAAAUUAUGCUCAAAUGCAUGAACGAAGAAAAGUUUCACCUCAUAGUGGAGAUAGCUGCUCCUGUUUACGAGUUCUUGAAAAGGAGAAACGAGUCGCUUAUUGGAAUAAAACGGAUAAAAUAUAAGGACGCUUCCUUUUAUAGAAAGGAAUCCAGAUCUCCCAAGAAGUAUAAAGCUAUAGUGAUCGAGAUAGGAAAAAGUACAGAGAUGCUAUUCAGAAAAAAAAAGAGGAAAAAGGACACUCUAAAAGACUUUUUAGUCAAGAAUCCGAUUAUUUUUGAAAUGACAGAGCAAGAAAGAAAUAAGAGAAAUGAUGUUAGAAAAGUGGCAUAUCGAAGCCUGGCGGGUAACUUGAACCCCUUAAUAGUAAAUUAUGUUAGAAGAAGGAGAUACCAUCAAAUACUUCUUGAAGAGUUCCCUUGGAGAGCUCAGAUGAACCUGUACCUGGCGAGCGCACACUACCACUUGUUUUUACAAAAGCUGACCGAGCGCAUGAAGACAAGGGUCACCUCUUCACGCGUGAAUGUCAGUUUUCGAUUAUGUGACCCUAGCCUCUUCUCACUAUACCAUUCUGGAACAGUGUUGCCAACAGCAAAGCUGACUGUAGACAGCUACAAAGCAAUGCUGGAUGCCCUGAUAGCUUUUAAAAAAAAGAAGCACCACCAACCCACAGAUACUGAAGAUUAUGCUACACUUUGGAAUUCCAAAAGUGAUGAUACUUUGACCAGGGUAAAAUCACAAACAUUUUGUGAAUCAGAGACUCAAUUAGGCGUUGGUAUUAGUGGCAAAGAGAAGGAUCGAGCACUGAAUUGGGGACUGGAUCAUCUUAUGAAAAUCUUCUCAUGUUGCAGGAAAGCAAUGGUUCUUGCUUACCGUGGUGGCUACUGGACUCUACUGCAGAACUGUUGCAGGCUCUUCUGGAACUUUUACCAGGAACUGCAAGUUCUACUAAAGCAGGCUAUGGACACUUACAGAACUUUCCCUAUUAGCCAGGAUGGCUUUCUCUGCAUCUGUGUGUCACCCUUCUACAUGGGCACAGAACUCCUUAUCGACAUGCUAAUAAAGCUUCAGAGCACCAAUUCUAUCAAGCCAAUCGAAGAGAGAGGCGAGUUCAGUGUUCCCAGCUGUUACGGGAACAUCAAACACGAAAAUGGAGGUUCCAGCCUGACCUUCGAGCAUCCUUUGGAUGAUGUCAAUGUGGUCGACUUGAAAUGGAUCCAUGACUUUGUGUUAAAGUCUCUGGAGGUUUUAUACCAAGUGGAGAAGUGGGAAACACUGGUGUCUCUCGCCAUUCAGUUCAACAUCAUUUCACAUGAGAGGUACACAGAGCAAGUGACCCCACUGCUGGUAUACGCACAGCGUCAGCUGCUCCUGAGGAUACGAAAGUUCGGUGGCCCGGAUGUCUCCCAGCAGGCUUGUGCCAGAUACGAGACUGAUAAUGGACAGAAGAUAACCUGCCGAAACUUCAUUGGGAAGCAGCUCACAAUCGACCCUUCUUCACCCAAGACACUGGAUGAUCUAGAAAACAGUUCUGAUGUGCUGAAGAUGCUCAUCUUUUCUGAGUAUAAACGAGCCAGACAGCUUGUCUGUGUGCCUGUGGAUGUGGCAGACACUUUGAGAUGCUUCAGAGAGACCCUAGAAAAAUCCAAAUAUCAUAACAGAUCAGUCCGGCACAGCAGAAAGCUGCUUUCAUUAUUUCUUGCUCAGACCCAAGGUGAAGGAGCGUCAAGCAUCACACGAUUAGACUCAAGGAAGGUGGAGUUUUGUCUGGGGACAGAAGAGAUGCACGGGUCAAUACCCCCCGACCUUUCUCAGGAAAACUUCAGAGUUUUUAGUUCAGUGGAGAAAAGCAAACUUCCCUACUCACAGCUGGGGCUGGUCAUUUCUUCCUAUCAUCAAACUAUUGAUGUUCUCCAAGCCAGCAAUCAAAGGAGCCUUAAAGUUCAGAUGCUGCAUUCACUUGGAAGUCUCCUCAUCUUCGCAGAGAAGAAAAGGGCUGCUUUCAAAUGUUGGAGUCAAGCUCUUGAUGACAUAUUCAGAAAGCCAGAUGCGCUACACACCUGGAAAGAAUUUGUCACCUCCGUCCCCAGUGCCACCAACAGCUCUUUACCUCCUGGUUUCAAAGACUACAGUGAAGAAUUUCUACAGAAGUUUGGCAUUUGGGGGUGUUUGCAGGGGGCAAUGAUCUCAGCGAAGAUAGCACAGUUUAUUAAGACCUCAAAUGUUAAGAAAAGAGUCAACACUUGCAUUUUGUCUGCAUUGCUUUUUCAGAGUCUGCUUCGCACUACUCUCCCCCAUCCCAAAGCUGAGCGUAACUACGCACAGUACGAAAUCACUCAGCUCUUGCCGGGCUUCGAACUCUUCUCAGACGAAUUCCGGGCUGAUAUCUGCAGUGUCGUUGCAUGCCUGUACUACGUCAUCCGUGAGCUACACUAUGCAAAUUACAACCUCAUAGUUCUGCCUCUCCUUGCACUGUACCUGUAUUUUGUCUCUGUAAUUUGCCAAGACAUUGUCAGAAAUCUAGAAGCAAGAAUCCUCAAGGUUGAAAUCCUUAUAGACUUAGGCUUCUUUUCCGAAGCCUUUUAUGAGCUAUCCCAGAUUUUUCUUGGAAAAAACAUGCCAUGUGCCAUACCUGCCGGCUAUAAAAUUACAGCCAAAGUUAAGAUACCUCAAUCAUUCGAUUGUGGAAAACCUCUCACCCAUAAAGACAACCUACAGGCACUUGAAGAUUUAAUGAACAAAGGCUUGCCUAUCAUUCUGGUUACUCUCAGCCAUCAGUAUCUCUUAAAUAAAUUUAAUUUUGUCAAGGCACACUUCUUCAUACGUUUGGCUGCGACAAUAAACUGCAUCCCAGAAAAUUUGCCAAAAACACUGUACCACACCAUUCUUAUUGACAAGAACAAACCCAACCUCUCAAACCUGAAAGAGUUGACUCCAAGAGAUAGUGAAAGCUCACAUGCUCAGCCUUGGAGAUUUAGAGAAGAGUACACUCUUAGCGUGAUCAAGUCACUUUUACUGACUGAGGCUGAGGACAGGCUCAACUGCCUGGUGGCUGAUGCAGAGCAAGAAUGUCACAAGCCCCUCUGUCAGUGCAGUGUUGGGGACCUGGAGAUCAUGGUGGAGGCCAGGAUGCACCUGGCAUCAAUUGCCCUGCAGAGAUACCGGCCAGCAUACAGUGCCGCCAUACUGUAUUCCACACUGAAGCUUCUCCGGGAUUCGAAGAUUUUUAAAAAGAAAACGCUUGACUACGCAGACAGCCCCUCCUCUCUAGGAUCCUCUACCACAGAAAAUAAAGAUGAUGGCGAGUUUUUAGACCCAACUUCCCUGAACUCCCGGGAAUAUUUCAACAUUCACCUUUGGCUGAAGUGCCGCUUGAUGCUCGUGACUGCAUUUGUUGGACAGAUUCGUGGUAUCGGAAUCAUGAAAGAGAAUGACAUGACAGACCGCCUGAGCCUUAUCCAUGAAGUGUUCAAGGAGGCAAAAGAUGCAGACGACCCAGAGCUCCAGGCUGAAUUCCUGAUGCAAGCUGUGAUCCUGGGCCUUCAGGAAAAGCACUUAAAGGCAGACAUCAUAAGGAACCUUCAGGAAAUCAUCCAUUUGCUGGAAGGGAAUGAGUUCGUUUCUCCUCGGUCCUGGUUAACCCUGGCAAGAAGCUUCGUUCUAAUGGAUGACUUAACAAAAGCUGAGAAAUUCAAGCAAGACUCUUCCCAAGAGGACAAGUUAAUUUACUUGAAUCAAGCUCACAGAAUUCUUAUUGCACAGAUGCUAACUUUUGGAGAGACAAUUGAAUUCCCUCUCUCAGAUACUGACUAUGCGAAUCCAUCACAGCCUUUGAAAAAUAUCUACCUCCCUCAUAUCAUGUUACUGGCCAAAAUAAAACUGAGAAUUGGACACACAUUGGCCAAGCAGGUGCAUCGCAGGAGCAAAAAGAAGGACUUCACUAAGUGGCUGCCAACCCUUCACAUCUUUGAGAUGGCCUUGACGCUCUGCAAGGGGACAGCAUCAGAGGAAUACGAGGUGGAGGCUGAAAUUCUGUUUCAGAAAGGAAGAAUAGAACGUCAAAUGCUGAUGGAUGAGAAGUCUCCAGUUUCACAAGUAGAGAGUUUUUUUGACGCUAUUCAAAUAAGCCUGGGAAAUGAUCAGAACUCGGGGUUGAUAAGGGAUUCCUACCUAGAAAUUGCCCUGAUGUAUUUCCAUCUGAAGAAGCCAAGGAAGAAGGUUUCAGCAACAUCAGCAAUCAAGACUAUUUCCAGAAGGCAUAGCUCUGUUAAGGAACCAGUAGCAAGUCGAUUUGAGAUGUGCAGCACACUGGCCUGGAUUGCAAUACGAGCGGCUACACAGGCCAGUGAAUCUGUGCUUGCAGUCAACCUCCUGAUUGGAAAGAAGAAUGCCAGAAUCGACAAAAUUAAUCAGGUGGUAAUACCAAACAUCCCAGAGUUUGCCACUGUGGAUCUUCUGUUAUCAUAUACGGAUUAUUUACUUGAAAACUACCAAGUCUCUUUCCAGUUGGAAAAUUCAUCUUUGUACCAAAAUGAAGAUAUUUAUGAGAAUAUGGAUGUUAAAAAAAAGAGUCACACCAAAAUGGAUAUCACAUGGAUCCUUCUCAUCCGCUACUAUAUUCACCUACAGAGAACUAACAACAUGAACAAGCUGCUGGCAUCUGCAACUCCGGUCUCUGGGAUUUCUUUGCCUGAUGACAUGCUCCUCACAUCCCUGUUCAAUUCUGAACUGAUUCUGCGCCAAAAAGAAAUGCAUCUUUUCCUGAAACGGUUCUUACAACUCUACUCUGCUUCAUGCAUUGAUGAGUUCCCAAAGGAACUCCUUCAAGGUCUGGAAAACCCUAUUCCAUUAGAGAAAGGCAAGCUUCAUCAGGACAAUUCCCUGCAUUCUACCUCGUCUGGAAAGCUCACUAGCAGUCCAUCGUCUACAGAAAUCUCAUCAGAAAUGGCAGUGCAUGCUUCAAACAAAGAACUUUGCUUUCAGUGGUAUAUUCCUCCCCUGGACAAGACUCCAAAGAACAAGGAACCUAUGGUUUUAUUACUGUAUGCAUAUAACCUGAAGCCCCUGAAGAUUACGGAUAUUAAAGUACCUACUGGUAACAGUUUGUGUGUUGGCAAUUUCUGGCUUCCACUGAACAGAGUCAUCUUAAUUCACGAGAAACUAUCUAACCUUGCACAAAUAGCUGAGAUUUCAUUGCCAUCAGUUCCUGAAGUUUCUUCUGGCGAAAGCGUAUACGAAUCAAUAGCAUCUAAAGAUGAACCAAUUGAUACAGACUUGGAGAAUAUGAUCCUUGACUGUUGCUCUGAAAUAGAAGUUCUAUUUUCCAAUGACAAAGAGCUCUCACCACUGACUGAGAUUCCAUUUUAUGUCUCCCUGCCUAAUAUACUCCAUCUCGAGAGACUUUUUGAUCUUGCAAAUGGUUGUAUCGUGUCAGCAGGAAGCCUUUUCAACUGGAUGGUGUCAAUUAUUCCCUGAACAUCCUUUACUGUUGGCGGUCGGAAUUUAAUUGUUACUCAUUUCUUUGGUGUGUGUUCAAAAUAAACUUCUAUAUUUUUUAAUCUCAUAAAUACUAACAUGCUGAACUGAAGAAGUUUGUUUAUCUGGCCUUGGAAGGAAGUUUUGGUCCUUACAUGUUACAUGUCUCGAAGGGGCGCCUCAGCAUGGACCUUUAUUGUAUCAGCUUUGGAAUUCUGUGAACUCGGGUCUGGAUAGCAACUCUGCCACCUGCUUGCUUUAAAGCAUGCGGCUUCUUUAAAGAGUUAGCUUGAAUUCUUAAGCUUUUGCUUCUUCAUCUGCAGAGUGGGGAUAUGGGCAUUUAUCUCCUAAGGCUACUGACAUGUGCUAAAGUAAUGAAGUCGUAUACUAAGGUGCUCAGUCAGGCCGAGGAAGUGAGACCGUGGAGUGCCAUUUGACUGGUACACUGGAAGAGGACUGGGCAUUUGACUGUUCACCCAGCCUCUAGCAAUGGCGUGCACCAAUCCUUCCCAGGCUCUGGCACAUGAAUGGACAUGCGAAAAUAAAAUGAAAUCAUAAAUAAGAAAAAUUGAUGUACAACCUUAGGUUUACACUCCACUUUUCAUUGGUACACUGCUCCAAGGUUCCGGUGUUUGGUGACAACUGAACUGAAAUUCUCCUAUCAUAUUAUAUAGUGGGGAUGAAUCUCUAGCAAGGAAUUUAAAGAUAAGAAAAAAAGAGGGUACUAGAAUUUUGCUAGAAGUAGGAACACUGGAGGAGAACAGAGAGAGGUACGAGAAUGCCUACGGUGUAUUUGUGAAGGACUUGACUACUCCCUAUAAAGAAUGUGUCAAGGAAAACUGAGGCCUAGCUGAGCCUUAACCUCACACUAGACCCACCUAGCAUCUACUUUAGGAGUAGAUAUUGUUUUAAGUGAUCUGUACACCUGACU